AAUUUCUAGUUUAGAAAACCGGCAUGCGUUGUUGCGAUACCGGAACCGGAUGUUGUCUGCAAUUAGUCCCACACGUGGAUUCAAUAUGUCUAAUGAUGCUAAAGAUGACAGUUUUGAAGAAAUGGAUAGUGAAGAAGAUGAGGAGGUCACUAUUAUAGACACACAGUUGCCUAGCAACUGGCUGACAGCUGAUGUUUCAAUUCCAUUCCAAACUGCUGCUGAAGCAGUUAUAGCCUUCGGUACGCUUAGUGUGGACAAAGAACCAAAACGUGGCAAUGUGAGAAAAGAGAUGAAGCUUCAGGACAAUAAACUACUGGUACAUUUCGAGGCCAGUGAACCACGUCUGUUGCGAGUCAGUAUGAAUUCAUUUAUCGAUCAUUUAGUCCUCGUCCAACAAACCAUCAACAAGUUCGGGCCGCCGUUAACUUGAGAGAGACGGAAAGAACAAGCGAUGCAUUCUCAGAGUAAUCUCAGCCAUCUUUUAACGAAGAACUCUGACUGCACUUGGAAGCUACCAUCACUGCCGCUAACAUAAUGACAACUGCUAGACUCAUACUGAACACUUACUACUACUACUACUAAUAAUAAUAAUAAUAAUUAUACUACUACUACUACAUCUAACAUCAUCACUGCUGGCACCACUGCUGUUACUGCUACUAUUAAUAAAAUUUGUGUAUUUCUGUCUGUCUGUCUGUCUGUCCGUCUGUCAAGAUAAGUAAAAUUAUACAUACAUGCAAACUGUGUGUUCACUAUACAUACAUACAUACAUACAUA